CGCUUUCCACCAGGGAUGCAUUACCAGGCCAUUCCUGACAGCCGAGCUGCCCCUCAUUUUCCAAGGUCUCACCUUGCUGAAGCCGUUGCCAAAGCCAAGGCAGGUGGAGGUGGUGGUGGAAGCACUGGUGGAACUGGGAGAGGUCUUGUGGGGCAGAUUAUCCCUAUAUAUGGAUUUGGCAUCUUCUUAUAUAUCCUGUACAUUUUAUUUAAGCUGGCUUCCAAGGGAAAAACUGUUGCUGGAGAGCGGAAAUGUGCUACUGCUGCAUCUGGAAACAUGAAGAGGAAAAUCACUGACUAUGAGCUCACUCAACUCCAGGAAAAACUGAGAGAGACAGAAGAAGCUAUGGAAAAAUUAAUGAACAGAGUAGGACCUAACUAUGACAGGACUCAAAAUGUUACAACAGACCAGGAAAAAAGGUUACUUCAGCAACUCCGAGAAAUUACUAGAGUUAUGAAGGAAGGAAAAUUCAUAGAUGGCAUCUCUCCUGAGAAGGAAGCUGAAGAAGCUCCUUACAUGGAGGACUGGGAAGGUUAUCCAGAAGAGACCUAUCCUGUCUACGAUAACUCCGAUUGCUUCAAGCGCAAACAGGACACAAUCCUUGUAGAUUACCCUGACCUGAGCCAGCCCUCUGCAGAAGAGCUGGCAGAAAGAAUGGAGGGCAUGGAAGAUGAGGAGCAUCUGUGCAAUGAAACCCUGCUAUCUGAUCUCACCAUGGGAAGGGGCGGUCAUUACUUAAUGCAGAAAAAGGACGAGGUAACUGGCAUCAGUGAAGAGGAGAGGGUUCUUCAUCACAGCCGAAGCACUGAGGGGUGCUGCUGUUGUUACGAGGAUGACGAUCCUGCUGUCAUAGCAGAGAACGCUGGAUUCCACUCUGAGAGCUGCAGUGAAGCAGAAGAGUCAACCCAAGAGGACCUGUCUGUGGAGUCAGAAAAUGAAAAUGCAGCACUGAAAAAGCAAAAAGCCUGUGAUUCAAAUGAAACAGGCCCACUGAGAAAGCGCAACACAAAAGGACUUGAGUAAUAUGGACAAUUUGGUGGAUGUUACCUAGAUGGUGAAGGUAGAGGUCAUAAACUGUCAUUUGUGUGGGUUUUUUUUUUCCCAGUGAAGACUUCUCUGUGUUUGUCUCCUUGUACCAAUUUCAUUCCUGUGGUAACAGUCACAUCAUCUACCUGAACUGGAAGCCAAUACCCU